AAUUGUACGUGUAUAAUGUCUUGUAAUCUUCAUCCUUUAUUGGUUUUGCAGCUUUCGGAGUGGUUAGAAGCAAAUAAUGAACUUGAAUUUGUUGAGAGAGAUUAUGCUGCUCGUCUUGAUUUAAUUGCGAAAGUGCGUGGACUACAGAAGGCAGAAAACUACAUUGAGAAGGUCCCUGCAUCUUUUAGAGGGGAGGUGAUCUACCGAACCCUAUUAGCUAACUGUGUCGUUGCUAACAAUGCAAAGAAGGCAGAGGAAGUCUUCAACAAAAUGAAGGACCUAGAGUUCCCUGUCAGUGCAUUUUCAUGCAAUCAGUUGCUCCUUCUCUAUAAGAGGCUGGACAAGAAGAAAAUAGCUGAUGUAUUAUUACUGAUGGAGAAGCAAAAUAUCAAGCCUUCUCUCUUCACUUACAGAAUUUUGAUAGACACCAAAGGCAUGUCCAACGACAUGCAUGGGAUGGAUCAAAUUCUAGAGACAAUGAAAGCUGAAGGCGUUCAACCGGAUGCAUACACACUAUCUAUCUUGGCUAAGCAUUACGCUACAGCUGGGCUUAAAGAAAAAGCAGAGGCAGUUUUGAAGGAAAUAGAAGGAGAGAACUUAAGAACAAAUCGUGGGGCUUGUCGGGCUCUGCUUCCUCUCAAUGCAAUGCUUGGAAAGGCUGAUGAAGUAGGAAGAGUUUGGAAGGUGUGUGAAUCAAAUCCCCGGAUUGAGGAGUGCAUGGCUGCUAUUGAAGCAUGGGGGAAGUUGAAGAGAAUUGAAGAAGCAGAGGCAGUUUUUGAUAAAAUGUCAAAAAAGUGGCAGAAACUUUCUUCAAAGCAUUAUUCUGCUCUCUUGAAGGUCUAUGCAAACAAUAAAAUGCUAACCAAGGGCAAGGACCUUCUGAAGCGAAUGGCAGAUAGUGGGUGCCGUAUUGGCCCGUUGACCUGGGAUGCAAUUGUUAAGCUCUAUGUGGAAGUAGGAGAGGUGGAAAAGGCUGACUCUGUCUUGAAUAAAGCAUCCCAACAUAACCAGUUGAAGCCAAUGUUCAACUCAUUCAUGAUUGUCAUGGAACAAUAUGUGAAGAGGGGUGAUAUCCAUAAUUCUGAAAAAAUAUUCUAUCGGAUGAGGCAGGCUGGAUACAUUGCUCGAAUCAAGCAGUUCCAAGCUUUAGUCCAAGCAUAUAUAAAUGCCAAAGCUCCUGCUUAUGGGAUGAGGGAGCGAAUUAAGGCUGAUAAUAUAUUCCCGAAUAAAGCUUUGGCUGCACAGCUGACUCAAAUUGAUCCCUUCAAGAAGACAGCAGUAUCAGAUUUGCUUGACUAAUUCGGUAUCUGAUUUGCUUUACCGAUUCAUAAUGGGACAGCUCUUUAUAAUCCCAGUUUUCUUUACCCGUGUCCUGCCUUUUUCUAAACUACUUUCAUCAGUUUUAGGUCAAACUCUUUUCUGUUGUUCGUCCCACCCAUUUGCUCCCGACUUGUGUCUAAUAUUUGUCAAGUUUCCAUACAAAAGGAGCUGCUGAGAAGUAGGCAUGGAUGUAUGUAGGUACCAAGUUCUCUUGAACUCUCUACCGCGCCUCCUUGGCGUGGUGUCUCCACAAGUACUGCUUAGAUAGAAUUACUUAAUUAUGUUGAUUUUGUUUUUGAAUGGUUACAAAUUCUUUGCCGUGCAAUUUUAGGCUGAAAAUUUCACAA